GAGUCAUGCUUUUAACUUUUGGACACCCGUGCACUAGAUGAUGCUAAGCAUCCUCGAGCCAAUAAAUGAGGUGGAGCUCUACAGCAGUGUUUCUAAACCUUUUUUCAGUCAAGGCACCCUUUAAAAUUAUGGACCGUCUUGAAGCACCCUUAAAAAAUUAUGGACAGUCCGAGGCACCCUUUAAAAUUAUGGACCGUCUUGAAGCACCCUUAAAAAUUAUGGACAGUCCGAGGCACCCUUUAAAAUUAUGGACAGUCCCGAGGCACCCUUUAAAAUUAUGGACAGUCCCGAGGCACCCUUUAAAAUUAUGGACAGUCCGAGGCACCCUUUAAAAUUAUGGACGGUCCCGAGGCCCCCUUUAAAAUUAUGGACGGUCCCGAGGCACCCUUUAAAAUUAUGGACAGUCCCGAGGCACCCCAUUUUAAAAU